AUGAAUCCGUCCAAGAGUCUGCUGAACGCAAACCACUCCAUGUCUCCUCUCUCCAUGUGCCGGCAAUGCUUCCGCGACACUCUGCGCAACCAGGUCCCCCGACCUCGCCUCCAGCCGUCUCUCACCGUGCGCCGUGCAGCCUCGACGGGCGGCGGCAAGCCGAUCGUGCUUGAGCAGCCCGACAAGUUCCGCCCACCCUCGCAUCCUGCGCGACUCGGCCGUCCCCGUCGGCCUCCAGCGGCGUACAACCAGGGAACCACCGCGGAUGAGAAAGAGAGGCAGAAGGGCAGGUCGUAUCCGCACAUGUUCCCCAACAAGGGCACCUUUAUGCACUGGUUCUUGACGGAUCGGUGGAUUCACCUUUGGAUCACGAUGGGCACACUGACCAUUCUCGCGUGCAUCACCUUCACGCAGUCGUUCAUGCGGACGUCGCCCUACGCACACCUGAUCCCGCCCAUCUCCUCACUCCCACUGCACCCGAUCAACUACAUCCGGGAAACCCUGUCAGUACUCCGGCUGCACAUCGACUACGAGACGGCGCGGACGAACGAGUCGCGGCAGCAGAAGAUCCUGGACGCCCAGAAGCGCCGGCUGUACAGGCGGGCGCACGGGCUGGAGGACCUCAACGCCGAUGAGGACCAGGGCAUCGACGUGCGCGGCCUGGUGCCCUGGGACGACGGGCUGACGGCCAAGGAGCGCGAGAAGGGCGGUCGCGACAUGGUGCUCACGGGCCGUGACGUGGUGGCGCUCGGCGGCGUGGUGCCUGGAAACAACGACGCGAAAGCCGCGCAGGAGGACGUCGACGCGUUCGCCCGCCGCCUGGAGUCCGAGCAGGGCGACCGCGUCCGGCUGCUCAAGGAGAAGGGCGUCGAUGCCGUGGUCCGGGCCGAGGCCGAAGCCCAAGCCAGAGGCAUCAGCGUCCACGAGGCACUCCGGCAACAAGAGCUGCAGGUCCAGGAGAUACAGGACCAGGACCAGAAUCCCCAGCAAGAGCAGCAGCAGCAGCAGAAGCGGAAGAGGAAGCUGUGGUUGGGCAUCUGGUGA